AUGAGCAUGGUGAAGGGUAACAGGCAGCUGUUUCUGGAAUAUUCGGCCAUGGCUCCCAGGCUGCUGGCCCGCAUCUGCAAACUCAUCGUUAUCUGCCGCAACGCGGGCGUUGCCGUUCCAAAGGGCAUCAGGAACAUCUUUGAGUUCACCUGGGAGGAGCUCAUUGCUGACCCCAUGGUGACCACCCCUUCCGACAUCGCGGGCCUGGAGACCAGCUUCGGACCCCCCCCUACACCUGCAGAAAUGGCUCAGCCACAAAUCCUCGUCCAGAGGAAGCCAUUACCCUCCACACCACAACCCACAUCAGGGGCGCUGGCCAAGCAACCCACCAUCCCUCGCAAGCCCUCCCGCCAUGGGCCCUCUGGCCAGGAGUCCCUAAACAAGUUUCAGAGGCAGUCCAUCCAUCUGCUGACGGAGCUCCUCGCCCUGAAGAUGAAGGCCAUGCUGGAGGCUGCCUCUGCAGGUGCCAACCCCCUGGAUAUCACCAGGCGCUUCGUGGAGGCCAGCCAGUUGCUCCACCUUAAUGCCAAGGAGAUGGCCCUUGACUCUCUGAUUGGCACCGUUGGGAGAAGUGUCUACAGUGUGGGACAUGUAGGGAAAGAGUCCCCUGUGAACAUCUCUGUCAUGGGAGUGAACUCUCCUUAUCAGCUCGUCUACCAGUCUUCUACUGCCUGUCUGAGCUUUUCCCUCUCAACUGCAAAGGAACCCAGGAAGAAAACAGCUCCAGGAAAGUCCAAGGGUUUGGAGGAUACCCAGUCGUCGCCAACCUCGCACACGAAGGCCUUCCCCGACAUCGAAAUCACUGACCCCUGCCCCGAGGCCCGCGAGAUGCUGCAGGAUAUGUGUCGCCACAUACAAACUGAAAAGGCCACAUGCAAAGGGAGGAGUGUCUGCCACCCCCUGAUCUUACGCAACUACAAGUGCAAGCCGCCCGGCCAGCCAGCGCCAGCCUCCAAAGUGGACUUUCAGGUAGCCCACCACUCCUCCAUGGGGACUCACACUUCCCCCUCCGCCUCUCACCAGCCCGUCAGUCACCAUGCUCAGGGCGGCUCGCAAUCGCAAGAUACGAAGGCGCUCAAGAAGCCCCUCAAGUUCCACCACGCCUUCCACGAUGGGUCCUCCUUCAUUUACUAUCCCUCCGGGAACAUCGCCGUGUGUCAGAUCCCCACGUGCUGCACAGGCAGAAGCAUCACCUGCCUCUUUAAUGACAUACCUCACUUGUUCCUGGCACUGUUCAGUGCUGAAGGCCAAGCCUGUGUCCACUACAACUCAAAGGCUUGCUGUCCGUAUAUUCUGUUCUUCGACGACGAAGGUGGAACCACCAAUGACCAGAAGGGCUACAUAGUGCACAGGUGGAGCUGGACGUCCAAGACAGAGACUUUGCUCUCCCUGGAGUACAAGAUGAACGAGCAAAUGAAGCUCACAGUUCUGGGACAGGACUCCAUCAUGGUUACCUUCACCUGCAUGAAUGAGACGGUGACACUCACUCUAUCGGCCAAAAACUGUCCCCACAGCACCACCCACGAUAAACGGAUGACCCGCAGAAUCACUGUCAUGGAUGAGAAAAUACUGAAGAUGAACCGAGCUCUUGCUGAUAUAAAAAAGCGGUUUCAGAAGACAAUGACUCAGUUCAUGAACGCUGUCCUGGUGGUAGCAGGUCUAUUCACCAUCACAUACCCAACCCCAAAGGAAGAUAUCGACCUGAGUUGGGCCAGGAUGAGAUCUGGAACGUAUUCUGAGCGAGCUUCCAAGCUAAGUAUAAAUGGAGAAAUCCCCUUCCGAUCCCAGUCAGCCCGCCAAGAGUCCGGAGUCGAGGACUCUCCAAAGGAAGAGCCUCCAGCGCCUUCUACCUCUACCACCACUGCCCGGAAGAAGAUCGUCAAAAGGCAGGCCAAGAGCACAGCCACACACAGGGACAAGGCCAGGAAGCUGCCCAGCCCCAUGUGGUGGGCGGCCUCGCCCUACGACUGCCCGCUGGUGCUGCGGAAGCUCAUAUGCAAGGAGGACAUCCGCGCCGGCUGCAAGUGUAUGGUGAAGGCACCGCUGGUGUCCGACCUGGAGCUGGAGCGCUUCCUGUCCGCACCCCGAAACCCCAGCCAAGUGCUGGUGUUUGGGAUCCUCUCCAGCCAGAACCCCACCAGCUCCGCCCAGCUCCAGUGGCUGCUGGACACACUGUACAGCCAUCAGCAGCAGGGCCGUGCCUCCCCCUGCAUCCAGUGCCGGCACGACCCCUACCGUCUGCUGCGGUACGACCUGGACAACCCCCUGCACAAGGAGCAGUCCCUGCUGGUGAAGAAGUAUGCCGUGGUGCAGGGGAUGGUUCUGAUGUUCGCCACGGGGAAGCUCCUGUUCGGGGGCUGUGUUCUGAAUGGAUACGGCUUCAGCAAGCAGAAUCUGCUGAAACAGAUCCUGCGGGCUCAACAGGACUGCAAGAUGGGCUACUUCCUGCCAGACGACUACAAGUUCAGCGUCACCACCUCCCUCUCCAUUCUGGAGAGCUCUGACUUAGCCAAGAGAGCCAUGUCCGAAGACCUGGAAGGAAGCUUCUCCUCAGCCCUGGGCGAGAAGGUGGAGGAAACCCCGGCUGACAAGUUGAAACCCCCUGAAAUAGAGGUGCAACCUGCCAGCAAGCAGCGGAGGGGCAGUAAGAAGACUAGCACCUUCAAGAAGCAGGGCUCGAAGAAGUGA